UGAGUUUAGCUAUUGGGUACUUUGCACAUCUUUCAUGAGAGGGAAGACCCUUCUCUUUUCUGUGGUACGGAAGCCGAGGGGGGACUGGUUCGUAGCGCGGCGGCGGUGGGUCUCCACCCGAGAGUAUGGCGGCCAGGAUUGUAUUUAUGAACAAAUAACUGGGGACAUGAAAGAUAUGAUGAAUUAGAAACAAAGAAACACAAAUUGUAUUUUGGACACUUGAAACUGCGUUUGGACAACUAUAUUGGCUAUGGGUCCAAAGCACGCGUGAAGGCUUUCACGUAAAAUCCGCCGCGGUUUGUCCUGUGUUAUUGCCAAUGUAUUCGAUGGAGCAAGUUUUGUUUUUUUCACAAUGCCAAUGGUGAGAUGAGCAGAUAAAAAAAAACGCACGUUUCACAUUCAAGUAUUUGAUGCAUUUUGAAAUUGCAGUCGUUUGGACACAGUCACCAAUGUCUGGUCUGCCGGGAGGAAUUUCUACAAUGAAAUCAAUCUGCCGGGCACCGAGUCUUUGUGCUCUGUUUUUUAUGUGCCAUAUAUGAGCAGUGGUAACAUAACCAAGGCUCUGUUCUUGAUACAUAUUCACAAUGGGACGCAAAUUGUGAAUGACAUUUGUGCGGGGAUAUUGAAAUUGAGUUCAAUGUCGCGCGGAAAGUAAUAGCUUUUGACAAUCUCUUGAAUUCGUCCACUAACAAGGGAGCGAUGCGCGAGUACAAAGUGGUGGUCCUCGGCAGCGGUGGGGUUGGGAAAUCCGCCCUCACUGUCCAGUUUGUCACCGGGACGUUUAUUGAAAAGUACGACCCAACCAUUGAGGAUUUUUACCGCAAGGAAAUCGAGGUGGAUUCCUCCCCAUCUGUUCUGGAGAUUCUUGACACUGCUGGCACCGAGCAGUUCGCGUCUAUGCGGGACCUUUACAUAAAAAAUGGACAAGGAUUCAUAUUGGUCUAUAGCCUUGUCAACCAACAGAGCUUCCAAGACAUAAAACCUAUGAGAGAUCAGAUCAUCAGAGUUAAAAGAUAUGAAAAGGUGCCCGUGAUCCUGGUUGGGAACAAGGUGGACCUGGAGAGCGAGAGGGAGGUGUCGUCCAGCGAGGGCCAGGCUCUGGCUGAGGAAUGGGGCUGCCCCUUCAUGGAGACGUCCGCCAAGAGCAAAACCAUGGUGGACGAACUGUUCGCUGAGAUCGUUCGGCAGAUGGACUACGCCGCCCAGCCAGACAAGGAUGACCCCUGCUGCUCCUCCUGCAAUAUACAAUAGCCCCAGAGCCCCAGGAAGUCUCUACACAGGAUGCCAUAUGAAGGGGAAACACACACAGACACAGCAUACCACACGGAAGACUAACACACUCACGUUAGAACUUUGUUGGAUUUUAACUAUUUGGUGCAUAAAAUCAAGUCAUGAAGUAAUUAAUAAUAAUGAUAUGUAAAAAAAAUAUAUAAAAUAUUAGAAUGGAAUGAGGAAUGCAAGGAAUUUGCCGCAAGAGAAAUUGACUAACUGAACUCAUGAGAAGUGCACUCGCCUUAUGAUGUUAACGCGUUUAUUCAUUUGUUUUGAUUUGAAGGAAAGGGAGAUGUCCAGAGCCCUUGUCAGUGCAGAAGCACUGAACAGGUUUCCUUCUCUUUAGGUUGUUCUGCUUUCAUAAAUCAUCUCUUUAACCAUCGUUUUAGUUUUGUUGCUAUGACCCAGUUUCUCACAGCCCAUCUAGCUGGAGCCUUCUCCAUGUGAAGCCUCCAUGACAGGGGAGCAGGGUGCUGUGUUCCUGCUCACAGACCCAGGAGUGCAGAAUCCCUCCCGUCCACCACUUUUAAACAUUGAUGAGUAAUUGAUUUGUGUGCUGGGUUUUUCUGCACAGAUAAAAAAAGAGGGCCUACCUUCAUCUGCAUGGAUUUAUUUUAUCCCUACUGGCAGAUCCAAAUAGGUGACUUUAAAGCGCCUCCAUUUUCUUUUUUGUUUUGAUUAGUUUGAAGUAAUGGAAGAUGGUGAAAAGUCCGGGUCUUUCUUGAAACAUCCAUGCAGCGAUGUUGUCUGCUUUCCUAUUUUUCUCGUUUUGGAGAUCUUCUAGUAAGCGUAGCAGAGAUGUCUGUCACACCCUGUGAUGUUUUUCGUUUCAGGAGGCUCUGACGGCAGAUUGCUGGAUAUUGGAACUGUUUCAAUCUGAUGGAACAAGAAAUCCAUCUGUCAAUGUUUGAAUAAUCUUCACAGACUCUAGAAACCUUCUUCUUUUGAGGAAUGGGUGACGUUUAGAAUGAAGACGCCUUCAUUCAUCUUAGACUCUGUUUGCUUUAACUUAACUGAUUGGGAAUCACGAUAAGAUUGGAUGCUAAGCUUUGAAACCAUCCUGUUCCACUUUAUGUAUUCAGAGUAUUCAAAAUUUAUAGUUACAAUAGUAAUAAAAAUAAUAAUGAUGACGACGAUGAUGAUGAUAACAAGUAUAAUUACCGGUAGUGUAAAUAUUUUGUAUUGAAAGUGCCAGCUCCUAUAAAUACACCGACUCAACACGUGGAAAUGUCAACCGUAUGCAUGGCUAAACAAAAAAAGGACUUUCAUUGUUUGAGAUUAUUAUUGGCUGUGGAACUGUGCAACCAAACACAAACACAUCUGGGUCUGGCACUGGGCCAACUGACAUUCAUGUUGCUACGGGAACCAGGCGUUCCCCGUGUUACCAUUUUCAUUGUUCAUUUUCUAUUUUUUUAUGUGAACAUUUACUCCUCCUUCCUCCCUAAAUGAAUGGUGACACUGUUUCAUUUGGCACCCAAACAAUAAAAGUGCGUUUAACACUAGA